AUGGCGGCGGCAGCAGACUCGUUAAACGUCUUUCAAAGCGUACACUUUGACGAAACGAUUGUUAAAUCCGAUAUUCACACCUAUCUUCCAUACGGAGGAUCUUCGGAUUACGGACUUUCCAGUGAAAUACGAAUAUUAAUUCAAAAUCAAGAGCUGAUAAGCGCCACCUACGACAGUUUUUUGUACUUGGAAGGAAAAAUUGAAUGGAGUCAACCGGAAGGAGAGGGCGCCAUCGUAAAGACAUGCAACCUAACAAACAAUUUCGCGCCAUUCCUUUUCGAAGAAAUCCGCUAUGAGUUGGGUGGUCAGAAAGUGGAUGUAUGCAGGAAUCCUGGUAUUACAUCCUCACUGAAGGGAUACGUAUCGUAUACGUCUACUGAAAGCAAAGGUCUUAAACAUUUGGGGUGGUCACCCACCGAUGAAUCCCUUCAAGUAGAUUUCAAUAAGAGCAACAAGGAGAAGCAUUUCGCUGUUUGCAUUCCGCUAAAACACAUAUUCGGAUGCAUGGAGGACUAUCGACAGGUUAUCGUAAACAUGCGACAAGAAUUGGUAUUAAUUCGUGCUAGAAGCGAUGCCAAUUGCUACAUCGGUACCGCCGACGAUGCAACAAUAACAUUAACAAAAAUUCAAUGGAAAGUUCCUCACGUGACCGUUAGCGAUAGCGCCAAAAUUAGCCUAUACGAACGCAUCAAUAAAGAUGCUAUAAUCACAAUGCCAUUUCGUCAAUGGGAACUGUACGAAUUGCCCGCUUUAAAACAGGCACAGUCGGAUAUAUGGCCAAUCAAAACUUCAACUCAACUAGAGAAACCACGAUGGAUAAUUGUGGCAUUUCAACGAAGCGGUAAAAAGUUUUCACACGAAGCAAGAGCCGCCAAUUUCGAUAACAUCAAUAUUCGAAAUUUAAAACUGCAUCUCAACUCGAAAAGUUAUCCGUACGAAGCGAUGCAUUUAGAUUUUAAUGCCAACAAAUACAUCAUUGCAUAUCAAAACUAUUUAAACUUUCGGCGCGAUUAUUACUCGAAAGAUGAGCAUCAAGACGCCCUCUUUGACUAUUUGUAUUUUAAAAGUUGCCCCAUCUUUGUGCUGGACUGUUCAAAGCAAAACGAAUCUCUGAAGCAUUCGACGGUAGAUGUUAAGUUGGAAAUGGAGUCGAUGGAGGCCUUCGAGGCGGGAACGGUUGCCUAUUGUCUGAUCCUGCACGACGCACUAAUUCAAUACAAUCCUCUGACCGGGGAAGUGAAGAAACUAUAA